AAUACUGUUUUGCAAAAAGAUUCUGCAAGUUCUUCUACAAGUUUUUCUACAAUAUCAGAAGCAGCAAUUCAAGAGAACUAUGAUGAAUUAUCUAGUAGUAAUGAUAAUGAAAAUAAUUGUAGUAGUGAUAGCAAUUAUGAAGAAGAUUAA